GUGGCAACUCCGACUCUCACCAGCUGAGAUGAAAAGCCAACUCAGCUAAAGUAAUUGAAGAGAUUUUUAUACACAAAAAAUAUAGUCCAUAAGUUGAGACUAAUUAACAUUAAGAAAUAGCGAGCAAGAAACAAUGCAAAAUGCGGCCAACGAACCAGCAACGAGAAAACUUAGUGGGAAUGAGUGAUUUGCGAAUUUUUGUGGCCCUGCUAGUCGGACUAGUCGGCUUCGUCUGUUUGCCAUCGACGACGUGGGCAGAAUCGCCUUCGUUGGCUUUGUCCGACAAAAGACUGUGCGCUGACCUAAAAUGUGAACAGAUCAUCUCGACGGGCAAAGCCAGGAUCAAUUAUAAUGCGGGUGGUGAGGGUUUGCUGUCCUUAAAGAUAAAUGCGCCGGUUCGCAUUCUAUCUAAAAGUGCUGGGUCAAAUAAAAAAAUGUGGGGCGCAGAAAUUGGUGGUCGUCGUGGCUAUGUCAACAAGGAUUUCAUUAUGGAGCAAAGGAUUCUGAUCAGAGAUGCGGAUCUGAAAUUUGAGGUGCCUGUGGUGGGUCCUGGCAGUCCCAAACCAGUCGUGGAACCUGUUUUGAAUGCUUCCGAAACAUCAGAUGAUCUGUUAACCACAACGACAACAUCGCCUCUAGAUUUGAAAGUUGAUGCCAUAGUAACAGAACAGCCUAAGGCAGCGACGGAGAGUAGCGAAGCAGCUGCUCCUGAGCCAAGUAAACCAAAUGUUCAAUUGAUAGAUGGCACAGAGUUGCCUCUCGAGGCUUUGUCAGCUGUUACAGAGAGGGCAGAGGAAACCAAACCUGAUGAUUCAUUACCAAGUGAGUUAAAUAAGACCGAUGAAUCACUACCAACUAGCACAGAAAAGGUGCAAGAACCUAAGGAUUCUUUGCAAGACCUCGACACCAAUGAUCCUCUCCCAGCUGCAACAGAAAAGGUAGAGGAACCUUUGCAACCCAAGGAGCCCUUACAAGUGUUAACCGAAAAGGUGGAAGAAAUUAAACCGAAGGACCCUCUGCCAGUUAUUACAGAAAAGGUGGAGGACUUUAGUGCCAAAAAACCUGUGCCUUUGGAAACGAAACAAAAUGAGGACCCAAUUCCAGUAGCCACUGAACAGCCAAAUAGUUCUACAGAAUCCGUACCAGUUAUCCCAGAGAAGGUGAUCAAGACUGAGGAAAAAAAAGUGGGGGAGUUUCAGCACGAUCAAUAUGGUGAUUUUCCUGAUGACUAUGACUACGAAGAAGAUGAAGACGAUGAGGCAAACGAAAUAGAAAGCAAUAAAGAUGAAUUGAUAGAGAAUAAGAAACCAAUUGAAGUGGCUGCGUUGGCGAAGAAUUUAACUGAUAAAAUUGUAGAUAAAAAUGUUGAUAACGUAGUUCAAUCAGAAGUUCCUCAAGUUAAUAUAGACAAUGAAAAUGAAAAACAAGCAGCAGCAGCACCUUCUACUCCAACUACUACGACUGAAUCCUCGACAGAAACAGAUUCCAACGAACAAGUAGAGAGAGAAGAGAAAAUUGCCAUCACAGAGACAACAAGCACAGAAAAAGUUGAGAUUAAGAAAUUGGAAGAAACUACGCCUCAAUCAGUUGAAGGUAAAAAGCCAUUGAUUGAAGAAAAUGUUAAACCAUCGGAAGAUAUCCAAGCGGACUUAAAUGAUUUGCAAUCCAAAGAGCCAGCUGCACCCCUCUUGCCCACACUACAACAACAACAACAACAACAACCUCAAGUCGCCGAUCCCAUUUUAAUAAGCAAUUCAGUUGAGACAAAGACUGAUUCUUCCCUCAAUGUCGAUUCAACAUCAACAACGGAACCCCUGCAAGUGGAGGAGAUUCCAGUUAGUUUGCCUCCAUUGUUUAAUAAGCAGAAUUUCGAGAAUCCCAAUGAUUAUUAUAAACAAAUGCAGGAACAACAGCUAAGAUUGCAACAAGAGCAGCAACAGACAACUCCCUCACCUUAUAAUUCACCAUACGAGGCAAUUUACGAUGCUGAACCCACACCAGCUCCAAUUGUAGUUGCCAAAGAUGAGCAACUUCCUCCUGCCAUUAAGACUGAAACGUCCACAGAGCAAAUUGAUGACAUUUCUUCAACGCCAGCUUCAAAGUCAGAGGAAAUCUCAGAGUCAACUGAGCAGACAUCAACUACUCAAGAACAUGAAGAAGUGGCCCAAGAACUUCCACCUGCUCCUAGACAUUACGAUGAUACUCCUUCUCUAGCACCACAAACUGAUGGUGUUGGCUCCGUGGAACCUGUUCCCUUGCCUUCUACAGCUAGCCCUCUGCAACAACCCUCCGAUUUGGCCAAGGAAUCAGCUGGCUUGGGUCUCUUUGCCACCAUUGUGGGCACUGUCAAUUCAUUUAUAUCCACUCAAGGUGGUUCCAAAGAACCCGAAAAUAUUGCUAUGUUGGGUGGCGAUGAACUCCAUAGGAUACUCUAUUCGAAUGGUGGGGAACCGUCUGCAUCCAAAGAUUCUCCUGCUGUUGCUGCUGAGGGAUAUUGCUCUCGGAAUGUCAAUUGCCCGCGUGCCACUGCUACUGAUCCAACCAUAACUUUGGACAACUUUGUUGAAAUUUUUGCCCUCAAGGUAUUGGAGCACUCUCAACUUCUCCUGUGUGUGGUCAUUGCGGCCAUAUCGUCGCUAUGCUUUAUCUUUACCUAUUAUUGUUGCUGCAAUAGUAGCCAAGAGGGGGCCCUUCUGGCCAAACUUAAUCAAUUGGAACGCAGUCUGUUGGCCUCGCACAAGGAAAAUGCCAUUAUUAAACAUGAUCUGAUGACUACACGCCAAAAAUUGGCAAGCAUCGAAGACAAUUCAUUUGGUUCCAAUGAUAUGGUAGCCUCGCUCAAAAAACAACUGGAGACGGAACUCUAUGAAAAGGCCAAACUGCAGGAGCAAGUGGGCUCGCUGGAAAAGGAUCUGGAUAAUGCUGCUGAAGCUGGCUUAGAAUUGAACAAAAUGUUGUCAGAGGUCCUCAAUAGUCAAAAUGGUGAUGAGGCCUUUAUUAAUACAGUGGAUGAACUGCAGCGACAACUCAACGAUCAAGAAAAAAUAAUAAUUGACAUCAAUUCGAGCCUGGCCGAGAAGAGUCGCGAGAAUAGCGAACUUCAAUAUACAUACACAGAGCAUACAGCUCGUCUAACUAGCGAAAUGAAUACUCUACAGCAGGAGAACUAUGAAUUGGAAAUGGAAAAGGCUAAACUUCAGACAAGCCUCGAUGGCCUCAAAGCCGAAUCGGAGCAAGAGUUGGCCAAAUCCCUGGAGGCUCGUAAUUAUGAAAUGCAAAAAUUGCAAAAUCAAAUUCUUGAUCUUACUGCCAAAUGGGAGAAGGAGCAUAAUGAUUUGCAAACAAGUGUAGCUAAAAUUGAAGCUCUUGAAGAUUGUCUCAAAGCGGUGAAGAAAGAUGCCAACUUGAAUGUACAGGAAUUGAUAACAUCGGCCAAGACGAAGGGUGAAUUAAAUGCGGCUCAGAAAAAGUUCUCAUCACUACAGCAAAAACUGGAGAAGGAGGUAGCCACCAAGGCGCGCCUAGAGCAGCAGCUAAAACAAUCUGGCGUCGAUGUGGAGCAAUUGAAGCAGGACUACAAUCAAUCGGAACGUGAUAAACUAGAGGCACAGACGCGCCUGGAAGUUCUUUCGGGGUAUUUCCGUGAAAAGGAAACACAAUUGCAGAAAGAAUUAAGCUUACAGGAGGCGAAAUGGCUGCAACAUCAAGGCGAAACAAGCAGCACUGUGGAAACCCAAACGUUAAUGAAGAAUGAAAUUCAGUUACUUAAAUCUCAAAACGAUGAGCUGCGCGCUGAGAUAGAGGCCCAAAUAGCAUCACAUAAGGCCCAAAUGGGCACAUUAGAGAAUCGUGCUCAUGAAUCGUGGCUGGCUGCUCGUCAAUCGGAGCGCCGCUGCGAAGAAGCAUUGGCUGAGGCAGCCGGUUUGCGUCGCAAACUCACGGCCAUGGCUAGUGGAAGAGUGGGAGCAGGAGGAGGAGAAGGCGAUGCAGAUAUAACUACAUCGUCGAAUGGUGGCGGCGAAACGACAGCUCCUUCACCAUUGCCACUUGUUGCACCCGGUUCACCAUUGUUAAAUAUGCAAAAUCCACUGCCAUUCCUACCGGCCCCAUUCCCACCAUUUUUGGGUUUGCCGCCGCCAUUCCUGCCACCGAAUGCAGGCGGAGGUGGUGCACGGCCACCGCCAUUGGGCCGUAUGCGGUCACCGCCACCAUCGGGACGUGAUCGGGAUCGAGAUCGCGAUCGUUAUUCCGAUUAUAGUGAUUACGAUGACUACGAUGAUGAUGAGGAUGAUCGUGGCUCGGAUCAUCGUCGGCGGCACAGCGGCAGCUGGGGUCGUGGCAGUGGAGGCGGCGGUCGCCGUGACUCCUAUGUCCACUCACCACGAACAUAUCGCUCGCUCUCACCAUCGGACAGUCGUUAUAACUACAAUGAUACUGAAACAGAUUUUAGUCCUCCGCCUAGUCCACCACUUCGAUCACGUCACAGGGUAGGUGGAGGCAGUGGCUCCGGUGGAUCACGACCCAUCAACGAAGUCUGAAUAGUGAUCCUUCCAAAUAUAUUACGAUGUAGUGGCUAAAACUCAAAACUAGUUCAAAUGUAUUCAUUAAUAAUCGAUAAUUUUCGAACGAUUUCGACUAAGAGCGAGAAAAAAAUAGCGAAGCGAUAACGAACCCAUUACCAACCGAUACAAACACAAUAUAGUGGCCCAAUGGUGAAUGAUUAUAUCAACAGUAAAAAAAAAAACAAUUUCAACUAAAAUAAACCAAAACAAAACUAAAAAA